CUGCCCCCGGCCGACCUCGGCAGCUUCUUCCACAGCAGCUUCCUCAGCAGCCAGGGCUUCGCUCCUCUGGAACCGGAGCUUGAUGAGACCGCAGGGACCGCUCUGGGUUUCCAUAGUGACGAGCUGGCCGAGCAUCCUGUCGUGGAGCGGAGCGGAGAGGGGCGAGGAGAGGGGAGCGGGCAGCGCGGGCACAGCCUGGACUCCAGCAGCAGCAGCAAACACAGCGAGCUGCAACGCUACAUCCACAUGCUCUUGGACAGAUCUCCUGGGGAUCCCCUGGAAUCCAGAGCCCUAGAUUCAGAGGAACCCCCAAACUCCCACAGCGCCUCCCAGUAUACCCAGCAUCCCCUGCAAGGUAGCUCGCCCGUGCUCAGAGCCCGGUCCACUGGGCUGUGGGAUCACGUGAGACCAGCGCCCACGGGCCAGUCUGCCGUGCAGAAAACCAAAAUCAUCGCGGCAGGACCGUCCCAGAGAAGCGCGGAGCAAAAGCAGCCUCCUCCCUCCACAGCAGAGAGAGGUGCUGAAGAAGGGGUGCUGUCCCCCAAGCAGAUUGGGGAGCUCUCCAGACUCCUGGGACAGUACCAGGGUCACCCCGGCAAGGGGGUGCAGUCUGUAGAGGAGCUGUACACCUACCUGCGAGCUGUGGAGCCCAACAGCCCCAGACAGAAAGAAGCACAUGUGGGAAGCGGGGCUGUGCGCAGAACUCUGGAUCAGAAAGUGAGCCGCGGGGUGAAGGAGGAGUUGGUGGCGCCCCAGCCCGCCCCCUCCCAGCGCCGAACCAUCGCAUCCCGUCCGGCCAGCGAGAAGAGCCAGCCCAAACCAGUAAAGAAACUGGGGAACCAGAACCAGGGGUCGGCCAAGGGGUCCUCCUGGAGAUAGGAGAGCCGGGGUGGGGGGUGAGAUUGAUGUUAACCUUGAUUUCAAUGUGUUGCUUUUAUUUUUUAUUUGAUUUUGUUUUAUUUUAUAGAAAUGCUUUCUUGUUGUGAAUGGCUUGUUCCUGGGUUUUCGAUUUCCAAUGAUAUUCCAUCACAGUUUCAAAGCCCAGUGUUACUCGAUCGCAGUGCUAGCAUUUUUGUUUUAAGAAGAAGAAGAAGAAACGAAUAAAAUAAUAAUUUAAUGAC